UUUAUUAAACAGUGGAUUGGGUUUCUAGUCCCAACACCCUAUUUUUUUCUGGUUUUAUUUUCCCGAAGGAAGGCUGAAAGAACAACGGAGAGCAAAACAGACCUUACGGGAGAUUACAAUGUACACAAAGCCAUCUUGGGAGUGGGGGCGGUUCAUUCGCUCAGCAGAGAACACGGGAAAGAGGGUGAGGAAUAGGAAUGUCUGCCGAUGUUAGGGGAAGCAGCAGCAGAGAGAAGGGCAGCUGUUGUUCUCGGGGUGCACUAACCCUCGCCCGCACCCCGCUCCGCCGGCGGGCACAGGCCCAGCGCACGCCCCGGCUCCCACGGCGCUGGGGCACCGCCGCCACGGCCGGGAGCUCUCGCCUGCUCCAGGGUCUCCCCUGGCCCAGGGCGGGCGGCCGCCCCUCCGCCCGGCGGCACACGUCCCCCACGCCGCCGCGCCCCUCCCGCCGCCGGCUCCCGCAUCCCGUGCCGCGCACCCCGCGUGACCGGCGGGGCGGGCACGGGCGGGCACAGGCGGGCGGCCCGCCCCGCUCUGCUCUGCCCCGGGCCGAGCGCCGCUCGCACGCACAGGGCACAGGAAGCCGGGCGCUGCAUCCCCGCUCGGUCCCGGCCGCCCGCCCCCGCCGGAGGAGCCGGGGGCGGGGCGGGGCCGGGCCGUCCGCGGCGCCUCCCCGCGGGAGCGGGCGGGGCUCCUCUCCUUUGCGCCAUGAUGAACAAAUGACCUCGCGGGGAAUGAAAUUUAAGUUCCACCGGGGAGAGAGAGUUCUCUGCUUCGAGCCCGACCCCACCAAAGCCAAAGUGCUCUAUGAUGCCAAGAUUGUUGAUAUUGUUGUUGGAAAAGAUGAGAAAGGCAGAAGGAUUCCAGAAUAUCUGAUCCAUUUUAACGGCUGGAACAGAAGCUGGGAUAGAUGGGCAGCUGAAGAUCAUGUUCUUCGGGAUACAGACGAAAACCGCAGAUUACAGCGUAAAUUGGCACGGAAGGCUGUGGCUCGCAUGAGAAGAAAGGGAAGAAAGAAGAGACGUUGCAGGUUGCCUGGUGUUGACUCUGUGUUAAAAAGCCUUCCUGCUGAAGAAAAUGAUGAAAGUAGCGAAAACUCUAUAAGUAGUUCUUCUUCUGAUGACAGUGAUGAAGGAACAGAUGAAGAAAUAAAAAGUGAAGAAAGUGACAUAGAUGAGAGGACAGAAAUGAAAGAAGAACAAGACACUCAUACAAAGAGGGACAUGGAAGAAAGAGCAAUAAGCAUAGAAAUUCCUGAUGUCUUGAAAAAGAAGCUUGAGGAAGACUGCUACUAUAUUAAUAGAAGAAAAAGGCUAGUGAAGCUUCCUUGCCAGACAAAUAUAAUAACCAUCUUGGAGUCAUACGUAAAACACUUUGCAAUCAAUGCUGCUUUUUCAGCCAAUGAAAGGUCUCGGCACCAUCAGAUGACUCCACAUGCUAAUAUGAAUCUUCAUUAUGUGCCUCCAGAGAAGAAUGUCGAGCUAUGUAAAGAGAUGGUGGAUGGGCUGAGAAUAACCUUUGACUUCACACUUCCCUUAAUUUUGCUCUAUCCUUAUGAACAAGCUCAAUUUAAGAAGGUGACGUCAUCAAAAUUCUUUCUUCCUAUCAAAGAGAACUCAACAAAUACUAACAGAAAUCAGGAGGAGCUUUCCCCAAGCCCCCCUCUGCUGAACCCGCCCACGCCUCAGUCGACCGACAGCCAGCCCACCACGGGGGAGCCGGCCACGCCGAAGAGGCGGAAGGCGGAACCCGAAAUCCUGCAGUCGCUGCGGCGCUCGACGCGCCACAGCUCCAACUGCGACCGGCUGUCGGAGAGCAGCGCGUCCCCACAGCCCAAGCGGCGGCACCUCGACACCCCGGCCUCCAUGCCAAAGCUCUUCCUGCACCUCGAGAAAAAAACCCCUGUCCAUAGCGGGUCGUCUUCACCUAUAACUUUGACUCCUAGCAAAGAAGGGAGCACGGUGUUUACUGGCUUUGAAGGUAGAAGAAACAAUGAAUUGAAUGAGGUUUUGUCCUGGAAAUUGAUGCCAGAGAAUUAUCCACCAAGUGAUCAACCACCACCUCCCUCAUAUAUCUAUGGAUCUCAACAUUUGCUGAGGAUGUUUGUAAAACUACCAGAAAUACUGGGGAAGAUGUGCUUUCCUGAAAAAAACCUAAAGGCUUUAGUAAAACACUUUGAGAUGUUUCUGAGGUUUUUAGCAGAAUACCAUGAUGAUUUCUUCCCAGAAUCUGCUUAUGUAGCUGCAUGUGAAGCCUACUACAGUACUAAAAAUCCUCGGGCAAUCUACUGAAACUAUUUAUAAGGAUUAAAUCCUGCUAUACAUAGCCCAUGACAAUGCUAUUCUGCUACAUGGCUACAAGAUGAAAAAGGAAUUAAAACAACUUCUGGAGUUGAAGACAUUGGAAAAUAUGUUUGUGAUGGUUGGAUUACCUAGGAAUGGAGAACUACUUUUCAGAGAUGUGUAUAGACAGUGGUGUGAGUCACUUAGAGGAUUGAAUAUAAAUCUGACUCCAGAUGAAUGAAGAAGCCUUGUUCUGACUUUACUGCACAGGACUACACAGAGUAAUAAAAAGCAAAGGAGGCAAGAGCAGAUGCAUUGGCAACAGGACAUUUUCAUGAAGAUAAAUCACCAUGCUAUGUUUCAUUGUAAUUCAGCCUUUCCUGCAUGAGAAAUAAGACUUGACUAAACAGUUACAUGAAGAGAAUUUGUAACUGGUAUCUUAUGGAUUGUUCUCAAAAAUUACAUUUCAUUUGUGGAACUGUUACGAUAGAAAGGAUUGCUUAAUGUAAAGGUGGCUUUGCUAUUUGGCUAGUGUGACAUCUGCCUCAAAAAUGGCUUUGUUGCUUAAAUGAAAGAUGUGUUGCUGACUUUGCAUUUUGCAAAGGUGUAUAUAGACCUUUCAUGGUAAAGCUGACAAGAUUCCAAGCAGACCACACACUGCCAGGGAUUCAGCAUUUACUGACAAUAAAUGAUUUCCAGAGCCCUUAUGAAAGAACUGAUUUUCUACAAGUAAAUGGGAAAGUCAGUGAAGUCACUGCAGUUUAACUGGCAAACACUUCUUUUCUUAAUAAAGUUCACAGUGGCUGCUGUGUGGAUGUGUGA